AUGGGUGUUGUUGCACUUAUUGCUUGGAUUGAGGGUGAAGAGGAGGAAGGUAGAACCCCUGGGCGGAAAGACCUUACUGGUGGUGUAUCUCCAUCGACAGCUUGCGGGCCUGGAGAGCCUGACUCCGAACUAAGUUUUCCAAAAUUUCGACAAAUUCAAGUACACAGUCCCUUACAAUCCCUCAGCCUACACCAUGGCACUGAGGAAACCGGUAAUUGGAAACGGAAAUCUUUAAAGAGGGGAAACCCAAGAGCAAAGUCACCCAACCCGCUCGUAGCCACUCAUCGCAAGAGAUUUCACAAAUUAAAGAACGUCACUAACCAGCAACAGAACCAAAACAGCUCAAACAACUCUCCUCUCUUCCGCCUGCCUGCGGAGAUUUGCAGCCAAAUAUUCAGUACUCGGUGGGUACAAUACCCAAGCCCUGGCCUUCCAGCAGCCAUGGCGCUGGCGCAAAAUCCCUACUAUAGCUUGAACAGGGCAUAUGUCCUACCAUGCUUCCUGGGAAUAGAAACGCUCAAUACUAGUCUCUUAAAGCUGCAUGCCGAGACAGCCACACUCUUCUCUUCAUGCAACCUCUUCGGAUUCUAUUCUCGUGUCGACACGAAUGCAUGGCUUGAGAAGUGUAUUCCAGCAGAUACAAAAGCCGCCACAAAGAUGGUAGCCCGAUUUCACUGGGUUAAGACCAAGCGCGAAUGCAGCAACGCAUGUGUACUUGCCGCUUUUUUUUUUGACAAUGGUAAUAUGAGGGAGCGAGUUAUGGGAGAGAAGGAAGGGUUAGAAGUCUCUAUGGAAGACGAGGCAGAAUAA